AAGUACCAAUCGCAUACCCUCCUCUCCUUACUUUAUAUAUAAAAUAUAUAUUCAAAUAAGGUUGUCACCUUUCUAUCUCUCUCUCUCUCUCUCUCUAUUUAUAUACUAUGAUACCCAGAUUCUGAUUUAACAAGUUUUCAUAUCAAAAACUUGAAUUUUGAGGAGAAAGAAAGGUAAGGUAUGGGGUCAGUUGAAAGAUCAAAAAAGAGAGUCCAUGUAUGGAAAAAAGCCAUAGUUCAUUUCUGUUUAUGCUUUGUUAUGGGGUUCUUCACUGGCUUUUUCCCAACCGGUAAGUCUUCACUUUUCUCCUACGACAAUUUCAACUAUGUCGUUUCUUCAUCAACAAGUAAUAAGCAAGAGUUCUCCCCUCAGCCUAUUGAAACAACCUCUCACCGAGAAACGACAAUUCGUUUUACCACUACUACUGGGUCUACUACUACUAAUGUUAAUGUUUCAGAAGAAGCAAUUGUUCCCAUGCCUCAUGAGCGUCCCCAAAGAAUGAAAUUAUCAGAACAAGAAGAGGAAGAAGAGAAACGACAACUACCACCACCAAGAAAGCUAGUGAUAAUAGUGACACCAACAAGCACAAACGACAACAAGUUUCAAGGGGUGCUUUUGAGAAGGCUGGCUAACUCUCUACGCUUGGCUAAACCACCAUUGCUUUGGAUUGUCGUUGAGGGACAAAGUGAGUCAAACGACGUGUCGCAGAUACUAAGGAAGACAGGUAUUAUGUAUAGACAUUUGGUGUUCAAAGAGAAUUUCACUGACAUUGAAGCCGAGCUUGAUCAUCAAAGGAAUGUUGCUCUCAAACACAUUGAACAUCAUAAGCUUAGUGGGAUUGUUCACUUUGCUUCCCUUUCCAAUGUUUAUGAUCUUGAAUUCUUCGAUGAGCUUCGAAAAAUUGAAGCUUUUGGGACAUGGCCAAUGGCAUUACUAGCAGCAAACAGGCAGAAGGUGAUGAUAGAAGGACCUGUAUGUGAUUCUUCACAAGUCAUGGGAUGGCAUCUAAGAAAAAUGAAUAAUGAAACUGAUGAUGACUCCAAACCUCCGAUUCAAAUUUCAAGUUUUGGCUUCAAUAGCUCUAUCCUUUGGGACCCCGAAAGAUGGGGUCGUACUUCCCCCGUUCAAACCACAUCUCAGGAUUCAAUCAAAUUUGUGAAGCAAGUGGUUCUUGAAGAUGAGACUGAAAUAAAGGGUAUCCCACCAGAUGGGUGCUCUAAGAUCAUGCUUUGGCGUCUUAAUUUUCCAUUUCAAUCAUCACCAAAUAAUGUUGUUCCACCUCUAAGUACAGCAAUUGAUAAUAGUCAAAGAUAAAAAUAAUUAAAAAUUGAGAUACCCAAAAGUAAUUGUUACAAUGUCAAAUUUACAAAAAAAAAAAAAUUUAUAUAAAUACCCGAGGAUAUGAUUUUUCUUUCCCUUAUACUUUUUCUUUUUUUAAUUUUGUAAUUUUAUUGAUUCAUAUUUUUCUUUUACAAUUGAAGUUUUGUAAUGACUUGUAACACAAUGAUUGUUCAAAUAUGUAGCAUAAAAUAAUGAGGAAUUUAUCUUUAUCACCUUUUUUUGUAGAAAUAAUAUCAUUUGUAUGCUCUUUUUAUUUUUUAUUUUUUUUAUGUUACGUGUUUAGUAUAUA